AUGCCGGACGACGCACAGACAUGCGCUCUUCUGUUGGACGAAAUUCGUGACCGGCUGCCGCUGUACACGUCGGAGAUCGCGGAGGUCUGCGGGUGGCGCGUGGUGUGCAGCAGCUACACGGGCGGUGCGAAGGCCUUCGUGAUGUGCCCCGUGGUCGAACACGACGAAUUCACGUCGAAGACCCUGCGGUCCGUCGAGGGCGUGGUGGAUGAGCUUCGGAGGAGGAACUGUGUGGACGUUUUUCUUGUCUUCAUUGACACCGGCGGCUCCUUUUCGUUUUACCGGGUGAACACGCUACGUGCUUGA